CCUAAAUGUUUCACCUGCAUCAAUUGAGAAAUUUAUGUUUGAGAGUCACUGCCGUGCUCCGAACAACUUUUAACUUGUUGAAGAAAAGAAUUUUUCUCUGAAGCAUCUAUUCUGAUCCAUCAUGUCUGAAACCACAUGUUUUGCGUUCUGGGUAUUUAAAGGAAUAGACGUGUUAUUCUAAUUUACAAAUAUAUUACUACGUUACAACGAUUACUUUCGUUGCACGUUACUGAUUUUUGUGAGUACAAUCAAUUUGAACGUCAGAUCAAGAUGCCGAAGGGAAAAACGAAAAGAUUUAUUGACAAAAAGAAUUCUGUUACCUUCCACCUGGUUCAUCGUUCGCAAAAAGAUCCACUAGUGGCGGAUGAAACGGCACCGCAAAGAGUCUUGGUGCCAGCCGCUGACGCGCAAGUGGCAAAGACGGAAAAAAAGACUUUAGACAAGGAGAAACGCAAGACAGAGCAGCAAAAGUAUGGUAUCUACUUCGACGACGACUAUGAUUAUUUACAACAUCUUCGAGAUGUCAACACACUGUCGGUGGAGUGGGAACGCAUUGAGAAUACAAACAGUUCCAAAUGUGACAAAGAUACUCCAAAAAUUACCUUGCCGUCUUCGGUAUUUGCAUCGAAUGUCGAGGAGAAAGUUGGUAUGCUCAAUAAAGCAGCGCCAGUUUCUGGACCACAAUUGGAUCUCGACCCGGAUGUAGUCGCUGCAAUGGAUGACGAUUUUGACUUUGAUGAUCCUGAAAAUGAGCUAGAGGAUAAUUUCAUAGAAUUAGCUAAUACUGGGAAUAGUGACAGUGAAGAUUCUGGCAAGGAAGAUUCUGAUAGGGAAUAUGAAUACGAAUUGAACGAAUCAGGAAAUGAACAAAGUGGGUCGGAUGUCUCAUCUGAUGGUCACAUGGAUUUAUCUGACGAGGAAGAAGCGGAUGAAGUUUGUAGUUUGAAUGGACCUCAGUACACUUUUAAGGACGAGGAAACUAAAUCGAGGUUUACAGAAUAUUCUAUGAGUAGUAGCGUGAUGAGGAGAAAUGAACAACUCACAUUAUUGGACGACAAAUUUGAAAAGAUGUAUGCUGCAUAUGAUGAAAAUGAAAUUGGUGCUUUAGAUUGUGAUGAAAUAGAAGGAUAUGUUGCGCACGACUCAGAGCUUAUUAUGCAGUAUGCCACUGAAUUUGAAAAGAAGCAAAAGGAAGAUACGGAGAAUAUCGCAGAGCUUAUGAAAGACAGAAUGAAGAUUGUGGAAAAAGAAUAUUCAAGUUCUGAAGACGAGGAUUUACAAAAACUUUUUGUCGAUCCUCGUGGGAAAGAUAAAUGGGACUGUGAAAGUAUUAUAAGCACGUACAGUAACAUUUACAAUCAUCCUAAAUUAAUUUCGGAGCCUCCCAAGCGGUCAAAGAAAAUUGAAAUUGAUCGCAAAUCUGGCAUUCCAAAAAAAACAUUAGGCAAUACUGGAAAAUUAACAGCUGAAACGUUGGCCCAAUUUGAUUUGGAAAACAGUGCUCCAAAGGGCCCACAAUCGGUAGCAGAAAGUAGAAAAUCUACUUUAAGUAUUUUAAGUAUAAGACCCAAAGGUGAAACUGCCGAUGAAAGAAGAGAAAGAAAAAAACAACUCAAAGAAUACAGAAAAGAAAGGAGGGUAGAACGGAAGGCGAACACCGAAGCGUUUAAAGAGGAAAAGAAACGUCAAGAAAAGGUUCGGUUGAACAACAAACAAAAUAUUCAAGGAACUCGCAUAAUAUAAAAUUUCUGAAAUAAUAUCCUUUGUAAUUGUGACUGCAUCUUUAAAUUGCAGAUUUAAUAACUUUAUAUGUAAAAAAUAUGCAUUGUUGUACAUUAAAAAUGUUACUGAGAUAAGAUAACUAUAUCAUGUGUGACAUAAAUGUUUUAUUUAAAAAAAUGAUUAUUUUCUAUAUAUGUUAGGAAUAUAUACAUAUAUGUAACAAAAUAUUACAUAUACCAAACUAA